CAGAAACCCGAUACCCGGUUUUGUUAAAAACUUUUUUUUUUUCCUUAUUUCUUUUAACAUUUUUUUAUAUAUAAUUCAAAUAGUAAAUCUCUAUAAACUAAAAGAAUGGUGAUGAUUUGAAAGAGCAACACCUUGGCAACUACACAAUCACCCUUUUAACUCCAAAGGGAAGACACAAAGAUCAAAUCCUCCAUAGUUUGUACUUAAUACUUUUUUGGUUUUUAAUAGUUGCUAUAAAUUUAUUUUCUAAACUUGAUUAUUGAAAGUUGUUCUAUUAUUGAAGUUCAUUAUUCUUCAUUGGAGCUUAAAAGAUACAAGUACUAAAAAUAAAGAAUUGCAACUCAGAAAACAGCUCGCCCAAGCCUAUUCGCCACUAAGACCAAACCUGAUUGACUAUGCGAACCAAUGAUCCGGUCAAGCUCGGAUAAAUUUUCACGGAAGUGGAAUUUCCAGAAAACGUGCAUCAAGAAUCAGUAAGCCAUGGAUGUCCGUUUUCAUCAUGAUGCGAUCUUAAAAUCAGAUAGCAGCAAAAUCUGAGGAAAUAAAAAUUAACACAAGCGAUUGAUAGUGCUGCUCCUCUAAAAUGGGUUGGAUCAUCUAUAAAAAAGGCGCAAACAUCUUAUACAUGACAGGAACUACACUUCUACAUCAAAAAAUAGCACGAUUUUAUUGGAAUUAGAUUGAAGAAGAAGAUUCAAGAAGAAGCAAGAUGAGUAGAUGACGGCCAGCAAGAAUGAAGACGGGAUUUCCAAAGGCCCAAGAUAAACUUAGGGUUUUGAAAAUAAAAUAAAAUAAAAUAAAAAUCGGAUACUGGCUUCCCGGUUUUCCGAAAUUCGCGAUCUGUAUUCGAUCCGAAAACCCGGUUUUAAAACCGCGUACCGGACCCGAAUUAUCCGAAUUUGGUAGAUCGGAUAAUUUACCCGGUUUUAAAAAUCAGAUACCGGUUAUUCCGGGUUUUUAAACUGGAUAUUUUUUAACACCCAUGCUUUGCGCCAAACACACUUAAUAUUGGACUCCUAGGCGUGUGUUUCAAAGGCAAACGUACGUGACCAUCUCCAUUUCUUAACUUCCCACCUCCAUUAAUGCCUUGAUACUUGAUUGUAGCUUGGUUUUACCUUCCCACCAUUCAUUCCCUAUUCAAGGAUUUUUUCAAGAUAUACUUCCUUAUCCGUUUUUCAUAUUUCCCAUGGCUAAAUACGUAUCUUACAUCGUCUCUCCCCUACGCCAAAACCCUAAUUUAUAUUUCAGAUACACAACAAUGUCAAUUGAAUCUCAACAACAAGAACUGAUUACAAAAGUUGCUGAACAAGUUUCAAAUAUAAUUCGGACCAAACCUAGAUGGGAAAAUACAUUACAAUCUCAUUUUCCAUCCUUCAAUUUUUUUGACCCCAGGUUUUUUAACGAGGUACUCAAACUUCAAAUCCAUCCCUUUUUUUCUCUUCGUUUAUUCAAUUGGCUUGCAUUAAAUUCUGAAUUUUCCCCUGAUCCCAUUUCUUGUAACUAUUUAUUUAAUGCCCUUUUAAAAUCUACGUCUUCUGUUGCUGCAAAAUCGAUUCUUGAUUAUUCUCCUCAAUUAAACCCUGACCCAAAAUGUUUAGAAUCUUUAAUUUGUUGUUUGUGUAGAGAUGGUUUUGUUAAUGAAACUGUUGAUUUAUUUGCAAAGUUGAGAUCUCUGGGGUUUUCCCCAUCAAUUGAAACUUGGCAUUGUGCUUUUUUAGUGGCAAUUAAAAUUAAGAGGACUGAUAUAGUUUGGGGUUUGUAUAGUGAGAUGAUGAAUUGUGGGGUUUCUCCUGAUGUUAAGAUUGCUGGGUAUUUAAUUCAAGCUUGUUGUAUUGAUAAAAACGUUGAAAGAGGGUACGAGCUUUUUAGACAAAUUUGGGAUGGUGGAGUUGCUCCUGAUAGAUUUGCUUUCACUAGAUUGAUUAGUGGGUUUUCGUUGGAGGGGCGAUACGAUAAGGUUUCGGAGCUUUUGCAUUUAAUGAUAGAGAGGAAUUGUAUGCCUGAUGUAUAUACUUAUCAAGGAGUAGUUUAUGGUCUUUGCAAGAAUAAGAGAGUGGAAGAAGGGCUUAGGAUUUUUAAUGAACUUAAGGCUAGAGGGUAUGCUCCAAAUACGGUUAUGUAUACAACAAUUAUUCAUGGACUUUGUAGGAUGAAGAGGAUUAAUGAAGCUAGGAUGUUGUGGUUGGAAAUGAAAGAAAAGGGUUUGAUUCCUAAUGAGUAUACUUAUAACGUGCUUAUUCAUGCGUAUUGUCGAAUCUAUGAAGUCGAGGAAGCUUUGAAGUUGAAAAACGAGAUGUGUGAUCAAGGUUUUAAGCUCAAUACUAUGCUUUAUAAUACCUUGAUUGCGGGAUUGUGUAAGAACAAUAGGACCAAGGAAGCUUGUGAAUCGUUUGAACAAAUGCCUCGGGAUAAUGUUGCGCGUGAUUUAGCCACAUACAACUCGUUGAUCCUUGGCCUUUGUAGAGAAGGAGAGUUGUCUAGGGGUCAGGUGCUCUUUGAAGAGCUAUUAGCUGUGGGUUUGCAUCCCUCGAAUCAAUCAUAUUCUCCAUUUAUUGAACAACUUUGUCGAAUUGGAAAAACGCAUCAAGCGUUAGAGCUUCUGACCGAUAUGAUGAACAAGGGUGUCGAGCCUUCACAAUACGACCUCGAGUGUAUCAUAGAUGGAUUGUGCAGGGAAAGAUUACUGACUGAAGCGGUGCAUUGGUUGUCUGAGAUGCUGGAUAGUAAGCGUAUUCCAAGGUGGAGUCUCUGCAUGAUGCUAAUUGAAAGCCUUGUGCAGGAAGAUGAGCUCGACGCUGCUCUUGUUGUUCUUGACUUAAUCGUACCGGUAGGCUUUAGGCUUGAGCUUAAGACAAGUUUAUGUUGGUCUCUUGUUAUCAAACUUUGUAGUUCUAAUUCAAACCGUGUCGAAAUGCUACUGCAAGAUAUCAUAUCCAAUGGAUAAGUUUCCUUGCUAUUGAAUGCAUUUCAUAUUGAUGUCCAAUUGUUUAUUUUACCCUUUGGUUAGAUUUUUUUUAGACAUGGUUGUCAAUAAAUUGCGCUACUACGCGAGACAAUCAAUUGUAAAAUUCCAAUUUUGUAAUAACAUUUUCGGCACAACUUUUAAUUUUUCUGUUUUUUUUUUAUUCA